GCCCAUGGAGGCGGCGGAGCCGGACGAGGACGAGGCGGGCGGCCGGGCCGGGCCCCGCGCGGGCCCGCGCCUGCUCAAGAGGCCGGCGCGGCGCCGCGGGAGCCGGAGCCGGAGCUGGCGGUUCGGGUCGCGGGAGCGGAGCUGGCUGCGGGAGGACGCGGCGCGCGGCUGCGUGAGCAUCCAGGGCGCGGAGCCCGCGGCCGCCCCGCGCCUCGUGCUGUGCAGCGCGCACACGGCCGCCGCCGAGCUCUGCCCGCCGGGACAGCGCCUCUACCUGCAGCUGCACGGAGACCUGCUCAGACGGCUGGAGCCCACAGAGAAGCCCCUGCAGAUCGUGUAUGAGUACCUGGCCAGCCUCGGGUUCGAAGAUCCCUUGAGGAUACAGGAGGAGGCAGCAAACGCAGACCUCAGCUGUAUGAUCCGUUUUUACAAUGAAAAGCCAUGUCAGGUGGAGCAGCUGGACCGGAUCCUGCUCUCGGGCAUCUACAGUGUGCGCAAGGGAAGGACCCAGCUGCACAAGUGGGCAGAGCGCCUGGUCAUCCUCUGUGGCACCUGCCUCAUCGUGUCCUCCGUGAAAGACAGCCACACGGGGAAGAUGCACGUUCUGCCGCUUGUGGGAGGGAAGGUGGAGGAGGUGAAGCGCCGGCAGCACUCGCUUGCCUUCAGCUCCAUGGGGGCACAAGCGCAAACAUUCCACGUUUGCUUCAACACGCCAGCGGAGUGCCAGCGCUGGCUCCGGCAGGCUUCUGCGGUUGUGUCUCAGCGCCUGAGCACUGUGGACCUCUCAUGUUACAGCCUGGAGGAGGUCCCUGAGCAUCUCUUCUACAGCCAAGACAUCACCUACCUCAACUUGCGACACAACUUCAUGCGCCCAAGCGGCUCGGGGGGGCUGGACUCACUCUGCAGGUUUUCUCAACUGAGGGGCCUGAACCUGUCUCAGAACCGGCUGAGGGAGUUUCCCACAUCGCUGUGCGAGAUCCCCACGCUGAUGGAGCUCAACCUGUCCUGCAAUGGGCUCCAUGACCUGCCCAGCCAGGUCAGCAAGCUGCUGAAUCUUCAGACCUUUGUUCUCGAUGGGAAUUGCCUCAUGACCCUGCCAGAUGAGCUUGGAUGCCUGCAGCAGCUCAGCACCCUGGGGCUCUCCUUCAAUGACUUCCACGAUAUGCCAGCCGUCUGUGAGAAACUCCUCGCCUUGGACAAGCUGGCCAUGGCGGGGAACCAGCUGGAGACCCUAGACUUGGGUGCACUGAACAGAAUGAGCCACAUCAAACAUGUGGAUCUGAGACUGAACCAGCUGAAGGGGGCAUCUGCUGACAGCCUGGAGGGGAACAAGUCUGUGACCCACUUGGAUGUGCGGGACAACCAGCUGGCAGAGCUGGACCUGAGCACCCUGGGCAGCUUGGAGCAGCUGCACUGCGAGCGGAACCGUCUUCAGGAGCUGACGCUGAGCGGCUUCUCCCUGCGGGCCCUCUACGCCAGCCACAACCGUCUGACCACAGUCAGUGUUUACCCGGUGCCAGGCCAGCUGACCUGCCUCGAGCUCUCCCGGAACCAGUUGCAGUGUGUCCCUGACUGGUCCUGUGAAGCAAAGAAACUGGAGGUGUUGGACCUGAGCUUCAAUCUCCUCACAGAGCUGCCGUCGAGGCUCCUGAGCAGCCUGAGCCUGAGGAAGCUGAUGGCUGGGCACAACCAGCUGCAGAGCCUGCCACCGCUGCUGGAACAUGUUCCCCUGGAGGUGCUGGACCUCCAGCACAACCUGCUGGCCAGGCUCCCUGACAGGCUCUUCUCCAAGGCACUGAAUCUCAGGUACCUGAACGUGUCGGCCAACAGCCUGGAGUCCCUGCCCUCGGCCAGCAUGGGCGAGGAGAGCCUGAGCCUGCUGCAGCUGCUGUACCUGUCUAACAACUGCCUCACAGAUCAGUGCAUCCCUGUCCUGGUGGGGCAUCCGAACCUGCGGAUCCUGCAUCUGGCCUACAACCAACUGCACACCUUCCCUGCCAGCAAACUGAGCAAGCUGGAGCAGCUGGAAGAGCUGAACCUGAGUGGCAACAAACUAAAGACGAUUCCUACAACGAUUGCAAACUGCAAGCGUCUGCACACACUCCUCGCCCACUCAAACGAGAUCAGCAUUUUCCCAGAGAUCCUGCAGCUGCCCCUCAUUCAGUUUGUGGACUUGAGCUGUAAUGAGCUGACAGAGAUCCUGAUCCCAGAGGCGCUGCCAGCUGCCUUGCAGGAGCUGGACCUGACUGGGAACACAAACCUGGUGCUGGAGCACAAGACCUUGGACAUCUUCAGCCACAUCGCCACCCUGAAGAUCGACACCAAGCCCGGGCUCACAGCUGAUGCUGGGCUCACCUCCCCCUUCUGGAGCCACGGGCUGGCUGAGAUGGCCGGGCAACGGAACAAGCUGUGUGUGGCGUCCCUAGCACUGGGGAGCUUUGCCGAAGGCACGGAGGCCGUAUAUGGCAUGUUCGACGGCGACCGCAAUGAGGAGCUACCGCGCCUGCUGCAGUGCACCAUGGCAGACGUGCUGCUGGAGGAGCUGCAGCAGUCCAACACGGACACGGUCUUCAUGACCAGCACCUUCCUGGUCUCCCACAGGAAGCUGGGGAUGGCCGGCCAGAAGCUGGGCUCCUCCGCCGUCUUGUGCUAUAUCCGGCACGACACCGCCGAACCAGGCAGCAGCUUCACACUAACAGUGGCCAACGUGGGGACGUGCCAGGCCGUCCUGUGCCGUGGUGGAAAGCCACUACUACUCUCCAAAGUCUUCAGCCUGGAGCAGUGCCCCGAGGAGACCCGGAGGGUGCAGGAGCAGAAAGCCAUCAUCACCGAGGACAACAAGGUGAAUGGCGUGACCUGCUGCACCCGCCUGCUGGGCUGCACCUACCUGCACCCCUGGAUCCUGCCCCGGCCUCACGUGUUCUCUGUGCCACUGAGCGUGCAGGACGAGCUGCUGCUGCUGGGGAACAGGGCGCUCUGGGAGCAUCUCUCCCCCGCAGAGGCCGUGGGCGCUGUGCGCCACCUGCAUGACCCACUGGCUGCUGCCAAGAAGCUCUGCACUUUAGCCCAAAGCUACGGCUGCCAGGACAACGUGGGCGCAGUCGUGGUGUGCUUGAACAUCGGUGAGGACAACUGCACCUGUGAGGGGCAGGGUCUUGCUCUGCCAGGCCCGGGCGGCUUCCUGCCCCCAGCCAAGCCAGCCACACCUUCCUCCAGCAGUGGCAUCGCCUCCGAGUUCAGCAGCGAGCUGUCAGCCUCUGAGGUCAGCAGUGAGGUGGGCUCCACAGCCUCCGACGAGCACAGCACAGCUGGCCUGGACGCCAGCCUCCUGCCUCGGCCCGAACGGCGCUGCAGCCUGCACCCUCUGCCUCCGCCCCCACCCAGCAUUUUCCAGCGCCAGCCAUCCUGUGCCACCUUCUCCAGCAACCAGUCCGACAACGGGCUAGACAGUGAUGAUGAGCAGCCGGUGGAGGGCGUCAUGACCAACGGCAGUCGCCUGGAGGUGGAGGUGGACAUCCACUGCUGCCGGGGCCAUGGCCCAGAGCCUGCCCUGCCACAGGCUGAGGACGGGGGCCCCGAGGAUGAUGCCAGCAGCCUCGUUCUCCAUAUCUGGAGGCAAAACAGUGCUGGCAGCAGCCUCCUGCCUGCCGUGGCCCGGGAGAGGGGGGGCGAGCUGCAGCAGUCACCCUCCACGGGCUGCCUCUAUGGGAAGAAGCUGUCCAAUGGCUCCAUCGUGCCCCUGGAGGAGAGCCUCAACCUCAUUGAGGUUGCUAUGGAGGCGCCCAAGAAGAAGACGGGCUAUUUUGCUGCCCCCACCCAAUCGGAGCCUGAGGACCAGCUGGCGGUGCCACCGCAUCUGGAAGAGGAGGUGAAGGAGCAGAUGAAGCAGCACCGGGAGAGCGGGGCAGAGCCGGCAGCCAGGGAGAAGGCUGUGACCGCCCCAGCACCCCCAGAGGAGUUCGACACGGCUCUGUGACCCUGCAGGGUGGCUCACAUCUGUCCCAGCAGCACUGGAGCCAGGGUCUGUAGGGAGAGUCCGUACUCUCCGGGCAUCAGCUCCCUCCCUGCUGGAGCCAACAGCAGGCCUGGAGCUGUGCUCCCCGGGCUACCCGCUCCAAUGGUGGAGUCCCAGCCACUGCAAGAGCCCUUGGUCCUCAGCCAGCUGGUGUGGGCAAGGCUGGUGGCUCUGUGCACUGGUGCCCCUUCUGUUAGUCUUGUCCCUCUCAGGCUCGUCAGCUCUCCCAGGUGACGGGCAGGCAAGUGAGGUGAGGGGGCCACAGCGGUGCUUGCGGAGCCCCGCAAAGCGCACCUGCCCCAGCUGGCAGGAGGGGUCUGUCCCAGCGGAGCUCGGCAAGGCCUGGCUGGGGGCUGACUCCCACACACAUUGCAAGCACUUUCACGGACUGCACUCGAGCCAGCCUGCUCCCACCUGCCCAGCACUUUACUCCUAGGGCAGGGGAGGGGCGCCGCAUUAUGCGGGAUAGCCAGCGGGUAUUGUUCGGCACUGCGGGACAGGGCCUCCGUGCCCCUGGCAGGCACAGCCAUGGGCACUAGGGCGCCUUGAUAGGGGGCCAGCCAGGGCAGGGAGGGAACGGGGGAGCUCCUUCCCCUUGGGAUGGGUGUGGGUGGGGAAAUGGUGCAGCUCUUGGGCCCAGGAGAGGUUGGGGAGGGGUCUGGCUAUCUCCAGGAGAGGCACAGCUGUGGGCAGCACACGGGGCUGGGGGUAUGAGGACGGGGCACUGAGCACUCCAGCAGGAGAGGAACCCCUUGUGGGCCCAGAGCCUGCGCUUUCCCACGUGGGGGCCUUGACCAGGAGGCACCAAGGCUGAGGGCAUCGCCUCCAUCCCUGGCAGCAGUGAGGUCAGGGCUGCCCAUGGCCUGGAGGGAGCUGCAAGAUGCAAGCGUCUGCUGACUCCAGCUCCAGGUCCAGCACAUGUCCAUGCUGGGAAAUCUCUAGCGGCAAAUGCAGGUGGCUCUGGGUCAGGGGAUGCUGACCUGCUGCAUGGCAUCUCCUAGCGCUGCUCCUGCAGCCGAACCAGAAACAGCUGCCAGGCUGCACCCCAGGUGGAUCUGCCCCUGCCUCAGCACCUGCGGUCAGUGCUCUAGGCUGGGGGAGCUCUGAGGGGCAAGACAGCCUGGGAGCCUCAUCACACCCCUCCUGGGCAGUAGGGCCCCCAGAAUUUAUGUUUCGGAGAAAGUCUGAGAGACUUUUCCAAAGCAUUUCUAGAGGUUUGGGGUGAGGUUUCCAUGUCAAACCCAGGUCCAGGCUGAGCUGGGAUACUCUAGGGAGCAUGAGCAUGGUUUGUCUGUCAGAGCAGGGUGGUGGAGGAGGAGGUUGUUCACAGUAAAAAUUGCUCUAGCCCAGUCUUCCCUGGGAAACACGGUCCUUCUGCUGUGCAUGUGGGCAGGUGCGAAGGGUCCAGCCAGGACUUUGCUGUGUGGUUGCUGCCACGUGUUAGCAAAUGUUGUGGAAAACAAGAGGAAAGAAAUGUUCCCAGCAUGGAUUCGGCUCUGAGCUUCAUGGUUUCUUGUAACAUUUCAUUUAACCUUGGAAAUUGGAAGGAAAACUUGCUAUUUGGAUUCAGAGAAUGAGAGGAGUGCCUGAAUGGGGCAGGGGGAGACACCAUGGGAAGGGCAGAGAGUUCCUGUCUCAUUUAUCUAGGAGUCCUCAGCAAAAAUGGGGAAGAUCAAAAAGUAUUCAUCAUAAAACUCCAGGCCCUUUCCAGCCCCUCCUGACAGUAGCAGAGGUGGCUGUGCCUGCUGUAGGGGCUGCGGUGGGUCCUUGCCUCCCCUGAGCAGUCAGCAGUCACCAGGCCCUAGCAUAGGGCAACUUGGCCUACACAGUCCUGGAUUUAGGUGCUGGUGGGACGAGCUGCCUCUCUUCCCACGUAAGAAUGGAGCAGGCUCUGGGCACUUGCGCAUGCGGGAUGCCUGGGGUCUAUGCUGGGUCUUGGUCUGGGGUGAAAGAUCCUGCAUGUGCCUGACCACAAAUUAGUCUGAGCCAGGAACGCCGCAGGGAGCAGAGGCAGCGCCCGAGCAGCUCCGCUCAGGAGCAGGCAGACCCAGGGCAGCAGCUCCCAGUGGUGGGCUGGCGCUCGGGGCCAGGCCCGCGGUGCAGUGAUUCCCACCUGGGGCUGUCCCUGCUGUCCUGGUCCAGUGCAGUGGUGGCUGCCAGACACCCCCAGCCAGGGCAGCAGCCCCAGGUUCACCCAAUGGAGCAGUGGCAACGCAGGCAGCUGCCCUGGUCCGGAGCCGGCGAGCUGCACCUCUGCCCCCCCCCCCGCCCUUUCCUGGUACCCUGCUACAAACAGCCCGGUUCUGCGCGGCAUUGCCUGGGCCGCUGCUGUCCUGCCCUGCAGGGCAGCAGGUUCUUGGUCUUGCCCCCUGGCUGCUUCCUUUCAGCUCCCUAGCCCUGGGCCGGGCCAGCUGUGAGGAAGUCGUCUCCUUCCCCCACCCACGUGGACUGGCUUUGGGCCACUGCAUGGGCUGUGCACUGAGGUGAGAGGAGACGGCAUGGGCACUGCCUCCCCUGCUGCCAGCGAGCUGGUCAGGGCCAAGGCUGGCCGUGCUGGAAGGAGCAGGCCUUCCCUGGGAAAAGACGCCCAUGCGGCCGUGGGCUGCUGGUGCCGAUCAGCCCCCUUGGGACAUGCACUUCCACGGCGGUGGGUCCCGUGAAGGCGCUGCCUUCCCUGUUGCCCUGCGCCACCCUGCAGGGCUCAGCAGAAGGCACCGGCAAGAGCGAGCCAGCAGUAUUGGGGGGCAGCCCCUGGUGCCCCCUGACACUCCUGAGCCGGGAGGGGGCAUCCUCCUUCCUGGAAGUGGGGAGCUCCAGGAACCCCCUGCCUGGGAAGCAGCUGCCGCAGGCCUCUGCGCGGCCCCGGCGAGGCGGGGUGGGGGGGAGCUCUGCUUGUCCUGGACACGUCGGCUUCUGCGUCACUUGCCAAAGGGCCGCCGGGGGCAGCGGCUCACGCCGUGGGCUCUGCGCAGGCCUUCGUGGCCCUGUCGCAGGCUGAAGCCUCAUCCUGUGUUUUUGAUAUUUUUUAAAUGUGUUCCCUUUUCUACCGUGUCACGUGAGCCAGAGCAUGGUAAAGACCCACUGCAGCAGCUCGUGUUCGUGCAAUAGCCUCUCCCCCGCCGUCAACGUGGGAGACGAUGUUCCCACGCUCGCUCUCGCAUGCUGCUGUCCCGAUGCCCUGUCCGUCGCGUGAAGCUGCCCGUCGUGAUGAACGCACCUUCGCCCCAGCUGGUGCCUGCUGCUGUGCAGAGGCAGACGCCCUGGCUGCUAGGGUCAAACACUACUGCGUUGCCCCUUUACUAAGAUGUACAGAACCGUUCAGGCAGGAAGAAUAUUUUUGAUCAACUUUUCAGCUGACUUAGCAAUAAAGAUUUUUACUUUCAUCUAA